AUGGUCGGCAUAGCGGCCUUGUCCCUCCUCGGCAGCCUAUCCUUGGCCACCGCCUCUCUCUUACCCUUCCGGGCCGGCCCGAGGACGAUCCCCGGGGCCUACAUCAUCGAAUACGAAGACGGUCACAAUGUCACCACCGUCGCCGCUACCAUGGGCGCGAACUUGAACCAUGUCCGCGUUCACAUUGACUCUGAGAGCUUCCGCGGUGUGUCCGUCCAGCUCAACGUCGCUGCCAACCUCACCGCCGACGCCGGGCUAGACGCGGUGGCCCACAGCCUGUCCGGCACCGGUGCCGCCAAGAACAUCUGGCCCGUGUACGCCUACGACCGGCCCGACCUCAACGUCACCGAGAUCGCGCCGUCCAGUCGCGGCGGCGUCCUCGAUGACCCCGACACGUUCGCGCCGCACGUCAUGAUGCAGGUCGACCGGCUGCGCGCGCAGGGCUUCGACGGCGCUGGCGUCAAGCUCGCUGCCAUCGACUCCGGUGUCGACUACAAACAUCCCGCGCUCGGCGGCUGCUUCGGUCCCGGCUGCAAGGUCUCCUUCGGCUACGACCUCGUCGGCGACGCUUUCAACGGCGGCAACCAGCCGCAUCCCGACCCGGACCCCAUGGACUGCGGCUCCCACGGCACCCACGUCUCCGGCAUCCUCGCCGCCGGCCCCAACUCCGCGGGCUUCACCGGCGUCGCCCCGGGCCUCACCCUCGGCAUGUACCGGGUGUUUGGGUGCUCCGGCGGCACCGGCACCGACAUCUUGAUGGCGGCCGCCGCGCGCGCCGCGCGCGACGGCGCGCAAAUCAUCAGCUGCUCCGUCGGCGGCGCCCACGGCUGGUCCGACGACGCCUUCUCGGUGCUCCUCGGGCGCCUCGCGGAUCAGCGGGGCAUCGUGUCCGCCGUGGCAGCCAGCAACGACGGCGACCGGGGCGCGUUCUUCCCGUCCGGGUCGGCCGCCGCCGGCAGCGUCAACGCCAUCGCCUCGGCGGACCUGUCCGGCGCCCCGAGCGCCUUCUCCUCCUGGGGCCCGACCAUGGAGAUGGCGCUGAAGCCGCAGUUUGCCGGCCCCGGACGCGGCAUCCUCUCGACGCUGCCGGGGGGCAAGUACGGCCGCGCGUCGGGCACGUCCAUGUCGACGCCGAUGGUCGCGGGCGUGAUGGCGCUGCUGACGCAGGCGCUGGGGAGGGUGAGUCCGGCGCGCAUGCGGCAGCUGCUGUCCGGCAACGCCAAGCCGCUGCCGUUCAGCAACGGGUCCGGCAUUGACAGCGGCACGCUCGCGCCGGUCCCCCAGCAGGGCGGCGGCCUCGUGCAGGCCGCGGACGCGCUCGCCAGCCGGGCGCUCGUCCUGUCCCCCGCGAGCCUGUCCUUCAACGACACGGAGCACGCCAACGCCAACAUGCGAGUCACCGUCACCAACGCCGGCAACGACACCGUCUCCUACCAGCUGUUCGUGCGGCCGGCCGUGUCGGUGUACGUGCUGCCCGCCGGCGGCAGCCCGUACCCGUCGCGGUUCCCCAACGACCGGGUCGCCGGCGGCACGUCCGGCGUGCUCAGCGCCAGCGUCACCGAGUUCACCCUCGCGGCCGGGCAGACGCAGGUGCUGCACGUGUCCGCCGCGCCGCCGGCCGCCGGCAUCGACACGUCGCGCCUCGCGCUGUGGUCCGGCUUCCUGUCCGUCCGCGGCAGCGACGCCUCCCUCGCGUCGAUCCCGUACCAGGGCCUCGCCGGCUCGCUGCGCGGCGCGACGACCCUCCCGGCCAACGGGACCUCCGUGUCGCGCGGCAACGACCAGAGUCACAAGCCCGUGCCCGCAAACUCCGAGUUUGUGCUGCCCAAGCCGGGCACGGCGAGGUCCAGCGACGACGUCCCGCUGGUCAUCGCCGACCUGGCGCUCGGCACGACGACGAUCACCGGCGCGGUGGUGGACGCGGCGUCGGGGUCGGUCGUGGGUGACUUCCCGGGCGUGCCGUACUACAUGAUCACCCGCGGCGCCGGCUUCGGCUUCUUCUGGGACGGCGAGCUCGCAAACGGCUCGUACGCAGCCGCGGGCACGUACAAGCUGCGCGUCAAGGCCCUGCGCAUCUUUGGCGAUGCGGCAAACGGCCGUGACUGGGACACUAGCGAUACUGUGCCCAUACAUAUUUCCUAUAAGCAAUAG